AGGCGGCUUUAUUGUGCUCUCCCUUAGUCAGCAUGGAGGAUGUGCGGGUGUCCAAUGUGGAGGUGUGUAACCUGGCUUACAAAGGAGACUUGGAGGGGCUGCAAAGCGGAAUCAGCGCAGACAAGUGUCUAGCCAGCGUGAAGGACCAGGAUGAUCGGACACCGCUGCACUGGGCUUGCUCUGCAGGACACACAAGCAUAGUGGAUUAUUUACUGCGAAUUGGUGUUCCAGUUGACGAAAAAGAUGAUGCAGGAUGGACUCCUCUACAUAUUGCAUCUUCUGCUGGCCGCAGUGAUAUUGUGAGAGCCCUGAUUGAGAAAGGUGCUCAAGUAAAUGCUACAAACCAGAAUGGCUGUACCCCUCUACAUUACGCAGCAUCCAAGAACAAACAUGAGAUUGCUGUAAUGCUACUAGAAAAUGGUGCUUCACCUGAUGCAAAAGACAAAUUGGAGUCAACACCACUGCACCGUGCAGCUUCCAAAGGCAACCUCAAGAUAGUUCAGUUACUUCUAGAACACAAAGCAUCAACAAAUAUUCAGGACACAGAAGGAAACACUCCCCUCCAUCUUGCCUGUGACGAAGAAAGGAUUGAUGAGGCUAAGUUUUUGGUGGAACGUGGCGCAAGUAUUUAUAUUGAAAACAAAGAGGAAAAGACUCCAUUGCAAGUAGCCAAGGGUGGUCUAGGAAUCUUCCUGAGGAGAAUAGUGGAAGGAUAGUUACCUUCUCUACGACAAGUAUUUGGACAUUUCUUCAAAUGUGGAUUGCAUUAUGCAGUAGGUUUUUAUUUUGGAAGCUUUUGUGGUGUGACCCUAAACCGUAUCUGACUCAGAAAUAAAAUAAAAUGGAGAACUGUA